AUGGCAAGAAAUCGAUUCAUGAAGGCAGCCAUGACCGAACGUCUCAGCACGUACUCUCCCGAUUCCCCGAAAGAACACGGGAUUCCCACCGAUUCCCUUAUCAAUCUCUAUGAAAAAUGGGGAAAUGGAGGUUUUGGGAUGAUUUUGACUGGAAAUGUCCCCGUUGAUCCGCUUCACCUUGAAAGCCCUGGCAAUUUGCUCAUCUCCAAGGAAAACGAUUCCCCGAAGUUGAGAGCUUCAGUUGAAAAGAUACGCAAAAGCUUGCAAAGCAGACGGAGCGCUGGCUGUUGUUCAGCUCACACAUGGUGGCCCUCAUCCGACAUACAACUAAAGGGGAAAACUCUGGGAUUAACCUUUGGAAAACCGAUUCCAUUAACAGAGGAGGAAAUCCAAAGUGACGUCGUUGAGCGCUUCACUUUUGCCGCUGAAGUAUGCCAUCAAGCGGGUUUUGAUGGUGUUCAACUACACGGUGCUCACGGUUACCUCCUUGCUCAAUUCAUGUCUCCCACAACGAAUAAGAGAACAGAUAAAUAUGGGGGGAAUGCUGAGAAUCGAAUCAGAAUCGUUUUGGAAAUCUAUGAUUCGAUUAGAUCAAAAAUCCCUCAAUCCAGUGGUUUUCUCGUUGGACUGAAGAUGAAUUCGGUCGAGUUUCAAGAAGAGGGUUUGAAAACAAAUGAUGCCAAGAGGAUGUGUGAAUUGAUUGACGAAAAAGGCUUCGAUUUCGUGGAGAUGUCCGGUGGGACUUAUGAGAAACUAGCUUUUGAACAUCAACGCGAAUCGACAAAAAUGAGAGAGGCUUUCUUUUUAGAGUUCACUGAUCAGAUCCGAUCUUCUUUGAAAAGCACAAAAAUGUAUGUGACUGGCGGUUUUAGAACGGCUAAGUGGAUGGCCAAAGCGAUCGAAGAUGGGAAUUGUGAUGGGGUCGGGUUGGGAAGGCCGGCCACCGCUGAGCCUGAUUUACCCAAGAAAAUCCUGAACUUUGGAGUGCUCGCAGCAGCCGAUACGAAGAUCAAUCAAAAAGAUUAUCCAAUCACAAAUGCGGCCUCGAUGACCCAAAUGUGGCAAGCCGGUCGCUUCCCCGUCGAGAAAGUCCAAAAAGUGACCGAUGGAAUUGUGGAUCUCUCCAUUCAAACCCUUGCAACAAGAUUCCUAAAUGAAUCCAAAAUCUUCAUGGCUGAAAUCGGGAAGAAACUUGAAAGAGGAGAGCCGGUAUCUGGUGUUUUCGAAUUUGAAUCGAAUAUCGCUGUU